GGGGCGUGCGGGGGGACGGAGCGCAGAGCAUCUUUGGCGCUCGCUGCCGCCGGGCUCCGUACCCGUUCCUCCUCCCUGUCGCGUGUGCGCCCUCCGCCAGGAGCCGGCCCGCUCCCACCCUCCUCCCGGCGAUGUCGUCUCCGUCGUCCGGGGAUCGGUAUGAAGAAGAGGAGGAGGAGGACGGCGCCUACGAGAGCCAGGCCAAGCGGCUGAAGCCCAGCGCGGCCGCCGAGGAAGGCGAGAUCGAGUACAGCGGCGCCGAGGAGAGCGAGAGCCGGCGGGACAAGGUUCCCCCGCAGCGCGGAGGCGGCUUUUCGGGCGGGGAUGCAGGGGGAAGUCAUCACAAAGUCUCUGUUUCUCCUGUCGUCCAUGUCCGAGGGCUGUGUGAAUCAGUUGUGGAAGCAGAUCUUGUGGAAGCUCUGGAAAAGUUUGGAACCAUAUGUUAUGUCAUGAUGAUGCCGUUUAAACGUCAGGCUCUGGUAGAGUUUGAAAAAGUAGAAAGUGCCAAGAAGUGUGUGACAUUUGCAGCAGAUGAACCUGUGUACAUUGCGGGGCAGCAAGCUUUUUUCAACUACUCGACUAGUAAAAGGAUUACUCGGCCGGGGAACACCGACGACCCAUCUGGUGGAAAUAAAGUUCUCCUGUUGUCAAUCCAGAAUCCUCUCUACCCAAUUACAGUGGAUGUCUUGUAUACUGUGUGCAACCCUGUUGGCAAAGUUCAGCGCAUUGUUAUAUUCAAGAGGAAUGGAAUACAAGCUAUGGUUGAGUUUGAAUCAGUUUUUUGUGCUCAGAAGGCGAAGGCAGCACUCAAUGGAGCAGAUAUCUAUGCAGGAUGCUGUACACUAAAAAUUGAAUAUGCAAGGCCCACUCGACUUAAUGUCAUUAGAAACGACAACGAUAGUUGGGACUACACUAAGCCGUAUCUGGGCCGACGAGACAGAGGGAAGGGACGCCAGAGACAAGCUAUUCUGGGAGAGCACCCAUCGUCGUUUAGACAUGAUAGUUAUGGUUCGCAUGGUCCUUUGUUGCCAUUACCAAGUCGUUACCGAAUGGGAUCUCGGGACACUCCCGAACUUGUUGCUUAUCCGUUGCCCCAGGCAUCAUCCUCAUACAUGCAUGGUGGAAAUCCUUCUGGAUCAGUUGUCAUGGUUAGUGGGUUGCAUCAGCUAAAGAUGAACUGUUCAAGGGUCUUCAACCUUUUCUGCUUGUAUGGAAACAUUGAGAAGGUGAAAUUUAUGAAGACUAUUCCAGGCACAGCACUGGUUGAAAUGGGUGAUGAAUAUGCUGUAGAAAGAGCUGUUACACAUCUCAACAAUGUCAAGUUAUUCGGAAAGAGACUUAACGUGUGUGUUUCUAAGCAGCAUUCAGUAGUUCCAAGCCAGAUAUUUGAGCUGGAGGAUGGCACGAGUAGCUAUAAGGAUUUUGCAAUGAGUAAGAAUAAUCGGUUCACCAGUGCUGGCCAAGCAUCUAAGAACAUCAUCCAACCACCCUCUUGUGUUCUGCAUUAUUAUAAUGUUCCCCUGUGUGUAACUGAAGAAACAUUUGUGAAGCUAUGUGAGGAUCAUGAAGCUCUCAGCUUUAUUAAAUACAAAGUGUUUGAUCCAAAACCCUCUGCCAAAACACUCUCUGGCCUGCUGGAAUGGGAAUGUAAGACAGAUGCUGUGGAAGCUCUCACUGUACUUAAUCACUACCAGAUAAGAGUCCCAACUUUGGAAUCAACCUGUAGAGCUCAAAAUAUGCUCUGCAGCUCUGAAGUUAUAGAAAGUUUAAAAAAACAAAACAAAAAACCACUAACAGCAAAAAAAACAACAAAAAAAGCCAACAAACAAAAGAACAACGGUCUAGGAUGCAAAAAGGAAGGCAGGAAAGAUGGCUCUAACCCUUAUACCUUGAAGCUUUGCUUCUCUACUUCAUCACAUUUAUAGAGAAGAGGACUGCAUGUUAAGAGCUACAUUCACCUUGAUUUGCAAGUUUGAAACUACACUUCGUUCACAAAGCUCUAAAGUGGUUGCUCUAACGUUGCCUUGUUUCAACUUAAUUCUAAUAUCUUUUAUCUUGUUUUAUAAUAAAUGGAUGUUCAUUCUUAAAUACAAAACAGAUUUUUCUUUUUGCCUCUCUGAAGUACAUGUUGUAAGCUUACUACGAAGUUUGUAUUUUGUUGGUGUAGUAUCUGCAGAUGUCUAAAGAAAAUCCAGUAGCGUAAACAAGGCAGUGUACCUUUCAGACUCCAAAAUGUCAGUUGUUUUCUUCCAAAAUGGAAAUAUAUUUGCAUUUUCAAUAAUGUUAAAGCUUAGCAAGUAUUUUUCAGUUGUAGCGGGCAGAUAGAACUGUUACAUCAGAAUUUUAAAUGUAGAAUCUGUUUUUCAGUAUGUUAAGUAGUGAAGUAUGUUGCAAUUCUAAAAAUCUUGUAUUUAUAAAAUGCUUUCAUCAGGUUAAUGUUGCACAUACAGAACUUUUAAUAGUAUGGACUUACUUGAUUUAUAGUUUUAAAAAAAAAGCUAACAGAAAAUUAUUACAUAUACAUAUGUAUGGUGUGAAUUCAUGCUUAUUUAAAGUGUUGUUUUUAAAAAACAAACAAACCUAUUUUCCGUCUGCAUUAGCAUGAUGACAUCUAUAACCAGUCCCACCAUAGGGGCCUUUUUAAAAUUAAAAUUGCAAGCCUGUAUCAAUGUGUUCAUCCUCAUUUUCCAUAACUUUAAAUCUUUGGUGUUAACAUAUCUUCUUGAUAUCUUUUUCAAUAGUUAUUAUGACUUAUUAAACUUAGAAAAGUUGGCUAGUUGAGAACAGAAGAUUGAUCACAAUAGAAACCAAGGUGGUGGAAAAAAGUUAAAACAAAAAGCAAGCCCACGGUACUCUUAUACCUGGAUUGUUAAUUUUAUGUACACUGGAUGCUUAUAUCAAUGUUUUCUUUUGUCUGAUAUCUCUUAUUUCUAUUAUGAUGAUGAAAGGAUACAUGGGGUGAAUAGAAUGGCUAGCUUCUUACUUGAAGUGUGGUGAUGUAGGUAGGGUUCAGGUAAUACAACUCUAUCAUGCGAUGUGAAACUAAGGAGAUGAGAGAUCUUUCACUUUGAGGAAGAUUUGUGUUGCACCAGCGCUUUGGAGCCUCUGUUCUCUCUUCUAGAACUGGUGCUUCAUUGUAUUUGGGCUCAACCCUCAGGGAUGGGAAUCCAGGGAGGGAGUCUGGGAUCUGUUGUUGCAGGCCUCAUGUUUGUUCCCCUCUCUGAAUUUGCAGCAGUUAGUGCUCUUUUAGUUUUGCUCUUAGUGAUCAAAGAGAAAUUGUUUCAUCACGCUUUCUUUUAUCACGCAAGUUCUUCAUUCCAUCUUUAUUGGUUUUAUCUGUAUCCAUACAAGACAUAUUAAUGCGGUGUGCUUGCCCUUGAGAGCACGUUGUGUUAUGUUUACAGACUGUGGGCACUGCACGUGCUUUUAAAGACCAACUCGAACUUCCUCAUUCUUAAUUUGAAGACAAAUACACAUAAUUAUACCAGGGAAAAUGUGUCAACUGUCCUUUGGCUUUUCUCAUCAACUAUAAUUGAUUUUCCUCCUGCCUACCUCCGUUUUAUUCAUCUUUCAGAUAACAAAUAUUUCAUGAAUUCAAAGCAGGCUUUUAACACGUUUGAACUGGGAGAUGGAGGCUGCUUAGUGCCUCUUUCUGUCUAGAGUAUGGAAUAAUACUGCCUUCCUGUAUGGAAGAUGGCAAACUGGCUUGCAUUUUAGGGGCACUGCUAGCAUUCUUUCUGCCUUAGUGUUUCCCCCUCAGAAACAGCGUUUAGUGAGCUCUAGCCUGGAAGGCUGGGUGCCAAGUCCAGCUACUUGCCAACACAACUGCUGGGUACUAGUGAAAUGUUCUGUGCUGCAUUGUUUUUUAACUGUAAAAGGUCUCUCUGUCAUUAAUUUAUCUUCCAUCAGAAUGUUCUGCAAAUACCAGUUGCUUUUGUCAUAAGUUGCAUUGCUUUGUUUCAGAAUCAAAUUGUUUAUGUUUGAGCAUUGAAAAUGGCAUGUUAUCUGUUGGUCCACUUUGGGAUGUAGGAAGUGACCCUAAAAGCAUUCAGGUUUCUUUUAAAAAAAGAAAAAAGAAAAAAAAAAAAGAAAAAGAAAAAAAAGCACUUUAAUGUUUCCAUGUCCUUCAUGGAUCCCAGCAUUCAGUGCCUAAGAUGCUCAGGGGAAUGGUAUUUUUCUCUUGGCUACUCAGAUCAGUCAGCAGACAUACCAGUUCUGGGUGAUAUCAGCUGGAAGUCCCUAUUUUGCGAAAUGAGUAGCCUGUCAUAUGGGGAAGAAAAGACAAGAGUCUAAGGAACUGCUCAGCAUUCUUUCUACGUCAAAUAAUAAUAAACUUCAUGUAAAAGUUGAGAACAUGAAAAAUUCCUUGUUGGUAUUUGUUUAAAAAAAAAAAGUCAUUUCCGGGCCCUCCAGGGCUGGCUAGUUGUUCUCAGGGAGGAAUGAGGUUGGUCUCCUUCCAGAAAUAAGGUCUGUAUUCACCUAUAAUUUAGGAUAGAGACAAAGCAGUGAAGCAAGUAAAGAGUUUCUCCAACAGGAAUGAAGUUUGUAAUUCGUCAGCCACCCACUUAUCGUAUUUGUUAGAUCAAAACUAAAGUAUUAAGGUCUCUCAAUGCAAUUUUUCUGUCCCUUUUGCAUAAGCCAUAUAUGCAAAAUAGUGAACAAUGCUAUGCAUGUUUCCUGCUUGCAAGCAGCUUGCAUUCACACUGUAAUAUAUUCACGUCUGUUCCAAUGUUUAAAAAAAAAAAAAGUUAUAUUUUCUAAUCAAUAACCUUUCAUUGGAAGUAAAUGAUAUACUGGGAGAUUUGUUCAUCUUCUCUCACCAUACUCAUAUUUUUGUUUUAACUUAUUUCCCCUUGUAAGGAGGAAUUGAAAUGAGUUGCUUUUUGAUUUUUCUAUACCACCACAGCAAGAUGGAGUGCUAAGGUGAUAUAAGAAAAGAUUUAAAAGAAAAUGUUCAGGAAAUGUUUGAGUGUUUUACUUUAUGAAAGGAAUUAUAAAACUUAAUGUGUUGUCACUAAGUCUGUCUUUGAGUAAGGGAUAGUAUGGGGUAAGCUGGCUUGUAACUGGCUGAAACCCUCUGUUGUAAUUAAAUUUAACUUGCUCCUUU